AUGUCAAUGUCGCAGUCUCAGCAGCUCGCGAAACCCGCUGCAGCCGUCGCCGAGUCGUACCUAUCAAGUAUCUGGUCCUUCUGGAAGCGGCGUCGGCGCGCGAUUCUGAUAACGCUGGGCGUGGUGGGCGUGGGCGUGGGGUCGUACGUGGUGUAUCAACGGCUGCACGCGCGGCUGCUGGAGGACCAGCAGCGCAUCCAACGGCAGCAGCAGCAGAUCCUGGAGGAGGCGAUUCGGGAGGCGGAGGAGAAGCGCCGGGCGGAAGAGGAACGCGAGGACGCGCAGAUCCGAGCGCAUUUUGAGAGCAUUCAGCGGAUAGCAGACGCCACCACACUGCCAUCAGUGCUACCACACCUGCGCACGCAGCUCUUCUCCUCCAUCAACCUCACCGCACUCACUGAUGCUCUCUUCUCCUCGAGGCAGCACGCCGCUUCUGCUACUGCUGGUGGCGGAGGUGGAGGUGGAGGAGAAGGGGUAGCAGCAGCCCCUCGUGCGCCCUUGAGUGCUCAGGAGAAGCUUCGGAUAUGGGAGGAUCUGAAAGUGCUGAGUUUCUGCCGCACGUUGUGUGGCAUGUGGUCGCUGGCGCUGCUCUCGCUCUUUGUGCGUGCACAGCUCAAUGUGCUCGGCCGGCGUGUCUUCCUCGACGCCGCUGUGCGAUCCGCCAGUUCCUCGUCACUGCAGGAUCCGCAGCAGCAGGCGUGGAGGAAGCGGCAGCUGCCCAUGCGGUGCCAGCACCAGUUCAUUGCCCUUGCAGACUACCUCCCCCAGAUAGGCCUGCGUGCCCUCACCAGAGACGCCCAGGCCUUCAUUGCUCCCAUCCUGGAAAGGCUUUCCCUCCGUGACAACAUCUCUCUCCCGCAGCUCCUCUCUCUCAUCCACGACAUCCGCCUAGAAUUCGAGGCCCGAGAUUGCACUACAUGGCAGCGCUACCUCCUCCCACCGGACAAUUACCUCCCGGCUGACCUGGCAGCCACGUCCCUUGCUGCGGAUGCAUCUGCAGGGAGAGGCGCACCGGGGCAGGGAUUGGGGGGGAUGGGGGAUGGUGCGGGGGGAGCGAGGAUGGGCGGUGGUGGCGGGAUGGAGGAUGAGGAGGAGCAGGCUCUGCUUGGGGAACUGAUGGACGAAUUGCGGCAUGUGCUCAGCAGCUAUGAGUUUCAGGAGGCCCUUUCUGCAUCGCUGGAUGCGCUAACAGAAGCAGCACACGAGCAUCUUGCUGCUGCGUUUCCCUCUGCGCCUCCACAGACAUCCCCGUCACCCUGUGACACGUGGGAUGGAGGUAUCUUCUGCUGCAACUCGCGGAGGCGGAGCAAGAGAACCGCUCAAACUGUUGACGCAUCUCAAACAGCCGUGCCAGCGUGGCCGCAGAAGGACGCCGGGCCGUAUGGCUCCAGCAAGGCGCCAGCUCGGCCUGACGUGGCGCCAGUACCCAGCAGCUACCCCACGGCUGUGCUCCCGUUAGGCGUGCCGGGCGAUUCCGCGCUAGCCGUAUUCUCGUACAACGACCUGCGGGCAGCCACGGAAGGGUUUCGCUCCGAUAAUAGACUGGGGGAGGGCGGAUUCGGUAUAGUGUACAAGGGGUGGGUGUGCAUGAGACCCGGCGCGCGGCCAGAGGAAGUUGCGGUGAAGGUUCUGAACCACGAGGGCCUUCAGGGACACAAGGAAUGGCUGGCGGAGGUGAACUUUCUGGGGCAGGUGUACCAUCCGCACCUGGUGCGGCUGAUAGGGUACUGUGCGGAGGCGGAGCAGCGGCUGCUGGUGUACGAGUUCAUGUGCAACGGCAGCCUCGAGGUCCACCUCUUCCGACAGCACCUGACGGUGUUGCCAUGGAGCACGCGCAUGAAGAUAGCACUGGGAGCAGCGAGGGGCCUGGCGUACCUACACGAGGAGGCCACUCGCCCCAUCAUCUACCGCGACUUCAAAACCUCCAAUAUCUUACUCACAGAGGAUUUCUCUGCCAAGCUAUCUGACUUUGGGUUGGCCAAGGAUGGGCCGGAGAGUGGCAAGACCCAUGUGUCCACGCGUGUCAUGGGCACCUACGGCUACGCUGCUCCCGAAUACGUCAUGACUGGCCAUCUGACUCUUAAGAGUGACGUGUACAGCUACGGGGUGGUGCUACUGGAGAUGAUCACAGGGCGGCGGUCCAUGGACAAAUCCUUCCCACCAGAGGAGCACAGCCUGGUGGACUGGGCACGCCCCUUCCUCUCCGACCGGCGCAAGGUGUUCCGCCUGCUCGACUCGCGCCUGGACGGCAUGUACUCGGUGAAAGGCGCGCAGCACGCCAUGGCUCUCGCGCAGAGCUGCCUCAACAGAGACCCCAAGGCACGGCCGGUUAUGAGCGAUGCGGUGAAGAUACUGGAAGCGCUGCAGGAUUUGGAUGACAUGGCGCCGCCGCGGCGGCCGCUGCCGUCGUCGUCCGAGGAACCUUAUGGCGAGGAUGCUCUCUCCGCAGCAGAUGUCACUGGAUCGACCGCGGAAGAUGCAGCGACAUUUUCCGUCAAUGACGCCGACUUUUCAGACGGUUACGGAGCUUCCAACGCCGGUAAUAACAGCGGAAACAGCAGCUACAGCGGUUACACUUCCUUCUACUCCAGGAGCUCCUCUACUAUCGGCAGUUCUUCAUCUGGUUAUCGCGGCACCAGCGCGUUCAACGGCGGGUCAAGCUCCGGGAGUGACGGUGAAGAGGGUUAUUCGGAUAGCGACAGCCUUUUGGAAAGCAGCGCGGAGCUGGGCGAGUAUCGGAAGCGCUUAACGGAUAUAUUGCUCGCGACGGACGUGGGGAGCUGGCAGGAGCGCAUCGCGCUGCUGCGCAAGGGCAUCCACAGCUCCCAAGGCCCCGCGUUGUCGGAGCUGGCAUUCCGCAGAUCGCGCUUUCACCGCACGCCUGCGCCGUCGCCUGCGCCGUCGCCGUCCUCCGCGUCAUCAGCGGCGCUGUCGCAAGGUGCGCUGAUGGCGAUUGGCAAGCAUCGCAGGGUUGAAGGGGAGAGUUAA